AUGGCCGCUCCCAUGAACCCCCCCUUGGAGGACCCCGGGGAGGCGUCGCUGUCGAAGCUUCUCGCCAACUUGACGGCGACGCUGCACCCGACGACCUAUGUCUUUGCCACCGUCGUCGACGUGGCCCAACUGCCACCCUUGGAGAACAUCCAGCUGCUGUUCCGUGAAUCCGAGGGCAUCACCGUCGUCACGAGCAUGGACUAUGUCACGGAGCACCAGAUGGACUAUUUCUUUCCUUGCAAGAUGAUUACUCUCGACGUAACCUCCAGUCUGGAAGCCGUCGGGUUCAUGGCCGUUCUGGCGACGAGAUUGGCGGCGAAAAACAUAGGCGUCAAUCCUGUCAGUGCAUUCUACCACGACCAUUUGUUUGUGUCCCUCGGUAGCGAGAAGGAGGCGAUGGAUGUGUUGUCGACCGUGGCCGAAGAGAACAAGAAGGCGACCGAUGACGAGUGA